AGAAUUUUGACGCGAAUUUUAAUAAGGUUGUUUUAUGAGCUCCUCUAAAGGCUUUUAGUCCUUAAUCAUGGAAAUAGCCCAGAAUUUUAUGGGUAAACUAGCUAGAAACACAAUGACUCGGAUCAAUGAAAAUGGAAAUGUUGUUGGAACUAUAAUUGUUAAUUGUGAAGGUUUUCCAGAAACUACGACAUUGGACAGUCUGACGGCUGCUACCUAUUCAACUCACAUGCGGAAUCUGUCACACCAUGCUUCUAACGCUUUGAAAGAAAUAGAUGUGACAGACGAGUUGGUGGUUCUGCGAUUGGUAUCAAGGAAAUCUGAGGCUGUAGUGGCUCCGGACCAUGAGUUCACACUCAUCGUGGUGAUGAGGAGGUCUUGAUGAGUUUGCAAAUGAUAACUUGUAUUUGAUUUCAUUGUUGAUUUUUCUCUGGACUUUUGUAUGACAAUAAA